AUGGAUGAAAGAAUUAAAGGGAUGAAAGUUCUGAACUUGAUUAAGGAAUUUAAACUUCAAAGAAUGAAAGACUCCGAGAUGAUUAAAGAUUACUCCGACAGGAUUUUUAGUAUCGCAAACAAAGUGAGGCUUCUUGGAUCUAAAUUUACUGACUCAAAAAUUUUAGAAAAAAUUCUUGUUACAGUACCUGAAAGAUAUGAAGUAACCAUCACUACCUUGGAGAAUACUAAGGAUCUGUCAAAAAUUUCCUUAGUAGAAUUGCUUAACGCUUUGCAAGCACAAAAACAAAGAAGAUUAAUGAGGGACGAUACAACAAUCGAAAGAGCUUUGACAGCCAAGCAUCAAAACGUGGCGAAAAACAAAAGAAAGAGGAAGAAGGAUUUUGAAGGAAAUGAGGCAAGUAUAGCAUUAGCCAAUGCAAAAAAAAAGAGUGAAAAUCAGAAGAAAUCCUAUCCACCUUGCCAACACUAUGGAAAGAAGGGUCAUUCUCCAUUUAGAUGCUGGAGAAAACCUGAUGCUAAGUGCACUAAAUGUAAUCAGAUGGGGCAUGAAGCUGUUAUAUGUAAAAACAAAAAUCAACAACAUGGUGAAAAUGCAAAGAUUGUUGAUCAAGAGGAGAUAGAUCACCUGUUCAUCGUUACAUGUUUCUCUGACAUCAAAUCAAGUGAGAGUUGGCUCAUAGACAUUAGUUGUAAUAACCACAUGACAUAUAACAAUGAUCUAUUCAGAAAACUAAGUAGCGUAAACUCAUCAAAGGUUUGA